GCCCCGUCCUGGCCUAAGGAUGAUCGCCUGUGUCCUGGUCCCAUGGCGACAUGUAGGUCAACUGCUGUGCAGGAAAUUCAGUCUACAACACACACUUCCACCGCUUUCUGACCAAUCAGAAUGCGUGUUACGUGGAAAAAAACCUUGUGUUUAAACAUCCCAGAUAUUAUUAAUACGCUUUGAAAAGUUAAGCCGACCACUUCUUUGCCAAGCGGCAAUAAAUGGUGGCCGAUGAUCAAGAGGUAGUCACUCUCAUAUCGGGUCCUGACAGGUGUCAUUUGGUCCCCUUUGCCUCACUGUCGAAGUUAGUUCCAGCUCUCCUCAGCAGCGAAAAGAUAUGCAAGUACAGCUGUGGAUGCUGCUUCUGGUGUUGCCCAGACCAAUAUCAUCGGUUAGACGGAAUUUCUGGGGAAGGCGCAAUAACUUUUUUGAGGACACCUUCAAGCUGAAUGGGCUUCGGUCUGGAGAAGAGAAUUCAAGAAAGAAAACUUUGUUUGAUGACGUUUUUGCAAGGUCAAGUCCACCCCGUUUACUGCCGACAAACGAUGUGGCCACCUGUACUCCAGCGUCCUGUGGAGGAAAGCGAGACAAACAGCUUUGGGAAGAGGUAAACAUGCACUACCAGAAUCUGUUUUACUCUCCUGAUGACGUCACCAGCAUGAAUUCGGUGGAGGUUGAGCCCACGACGAGGUCUAACGAACUGCCCGCAAUUGUGCAACCUAAGGGCAUUGACGAGAUCGUUGUAAAGCCCGACUUCGAUCAGUGUUGCAGGACAAACAGAGCAUUCCAAAUUAAAACUGGAAUCAUGAAAGAUAUCAACAAUGUCGAAUGUAGUAUCAUCUCCUUCGGGAACAAGUUCCAGGUGGCUUAUGUCGGCACCUGCUCAAGCUCAACAGCCCAGGGGUGUCCAGGGACCUGUCGCCCCGAGAUAUCACCUGUCCACUUCUUAUGUGUCAAUACGGUCGGUCAGUUGGAAUUUCGUUUUUUCAACGUGGAAACUUAUUGUUCCUGCAAGGCUAAUUAACCCAUGCACAACUCUUGACCAUUCUUUGCCAGCCAUUGCCAAUAAAACGGGUCUGAAGUGUAGUCGUCUUCUGUGUUUGUAUACUCGCGCUCUUUCCUUUUUUUUUUUUUUUUUAAAUUUUUUAAACUGAUCUGAAGCCGGCUGCAAAGAACAUUAGCUGGCUGGCAUGUGAGCUACAAUUAACUCAAACAAUUAUAAAAUACGAGCCCUUCAGCUACGACUGGCGGAUUUGAACACUGAAACUUGUUGUUACGAAGACGGUUUGGUCUACACGGUAUACCUAAGGGUAAAGCCUUCACAUUGUCUUUACCUGUCACACCACUUCCAACUUACGAGGCAAAAAUAUGCGAGAUGAAACAUUGUUUUCAUCAAGUUUAUUAUUGUUAUUAUCAUUAUUAUUAUCAUCAUCAUCAUGAGGAGAACAGGAAGGGAGAGUAGAAUAUAUCGUACAUAUCUUCGAAUCAUUCAGCAGAAUAUCCCGAACUGUUCUCUCAAAAUCAAAGAUUAAAAAAAA